CCCACGCGCUCUUCUUCUCUCUCAUUUAGUUGAGAAACUGGUGUUCAAAGUUUAGCUCUCCCUUAAUCUUCAAUCUUCAACACUUGAAGCUCUCAUUUAGUUGAGAAACUGGUGUUCAAGUUUCUCUCUCCCUUAAUCUUCAAUCUUCAACACUUGUGGGGCCCUGCGUUUCUUUUCUUCACAUCUAGAGACGAAAGAUAAAGGGCUUGUAGCUUUCAUUUUAAGAAUACUAGAGAUAGCAGCAAAUGCUCUCUCUUUCUCGCUGCCUUCAAAGGGGACUUUCAGCUACCAGAGACAUUGUGUGAAACGUGCUAGUGCGAGGAAAUCUUCAAAGCGAAGCUUAUACUCUCUCUCUCGGUGCCGCGCAAAGAUCGAAUGUUGAGGAGAUAGAGUUGUUGAGGCAAAACAUUCGAGGAGAGGUAUUUUUGACAGCCAAAGAUGGGGGCUGAACCAUUCACUAAGUACAAGUCUUCUUGGCCUAAAACAGUAGUGAAGAAAUGGCUGAAUAUCAAGACUAAUGCGAAUGAAUUUCAGUCUGACUAUUGGAUUCAAGGACCGCAAGAACGAAGGAAGAGCUGCUCCAAUAAGGAUCAUUACAUACUCACAAAGCACUACCCAGGAUCACUUUCCAAUGGGAGGGAGGAGAAUCUCAAAAGGCCUAGGGUAGAGCUAGAUGGACCACAAAAGGGUACUGGCGAUCGGAAAUUAAGGAUGUUUGUUGGCACAUGGAAUGUUGGCGGCAGAGCACCGAAUCCGGAUUUAAGUUUGAAGGAGUGGCUCAACACACCGACUCCAUCAGACAUUUAUGUAUGCGGAUUUCAAGAAAUUGUGCCAUUAAAUGCUGGAAAUGUUUUAGGAGCCGAGGACAGGGGCCCCGCUACCAAGUGGCUCACUUUGAUUCGCCGUACCCUAAACGACCCUGAGAGUGACCGAACCGUGGGACCCACCUCAACGAAAUCCCCUCAAUUUGAAGAUGAAGAAAAUGAUCAUCAACCACUCCAACGGCCACGGAUAAGCUUCUCUGAUCUGUUGUCAUUACAAGAUGAGAUGAAUGCUGAAGAAUUUGGAAGCUCAAAAUCAAACUUAAACCCACACAAUGAAUAUUCUUUUUCAGCCUUGAGCCCCACUCAAUCAUUAGAAAGGCAUAAUGAGGGCAAGAAUGGCUACUAUUUGGCUGCAAGCAAACAAAUGGUGGGAAUAUUCCUGUGUGUGUGGGUCCGCAAUGAGUUGAACCAACAUAUUACAAAUUUGAAGGUUUCAUGCGUUGGACGUGGGCUCAUGGGUUACAUGGGAAACAAGGGCUCAGUUUCCAUUAGCAUGACUCUUCACCAAACAACCUUUUGCUUUGUUUGCACUCAUCUCACAUCUGGAGAGAAGGAAGGUGAUGAGGUUAGGAGAAAUUUGGAUAUCAUGGAAAUACUGAAAAAGACAAGGUUUCCUCAAUCACAUCCGGUCUUUGCACCUCCCACCCCCGAUAGCAUAUUAGACCAUGAUAAGAUAAUAUGGCUUGGAGAUCUAAACUAUCGUCUCGCAUCAAGUGAUGGAGAGAUGCAUGCCUUGAUCCAAAGAAAUGAUUGGGAAGCCUUGUUGGAGAAAGACCAGCUCCUACAAGAGAGAAAGGCUGGUCGAAUAUUCAAUGGAUGGAAGGAAGGGAAAAUUUACUUUGCUCCCACCUACAAAUAUGUUGUUAAUUCGGAACAGUAUGCUGCCCAAAAUGCUAAGCCCAGAGAAAAACGACGAACCCCAGCUUGGUGCGAUCGCAUCUUAUGGCGUGGGAGUGGGCUGACCCAACUGACCUAUUCUCGGGCCGAGUCCAAAUUCUCGGACCACCGGCCCGUCUUCUCUCUCUUCUUUCUCCAACUCUCUAUUCUCUCUCUAACUCUACAAACCAACUCUCACUUCAACUGUCAUGAACCCCCAAAGCCCUCUACCUGCACAACUGCCAGGGUCUUGGCCGAAGAGCUGCUCCCCAGUCACCUUGUCGCCCAUUGACCCAUCCCAUGCCUCACCAACAUUUUUAGAGAGAGAAACCCUUUUUGUAGAGAGAGAAAGAAAUCAACCAUCAUGUCUCAUUGUGCCGGGAGUGCGCAGACCGAAGGUCGGCGCGGCCGGUGGGCUCAGGGGUCACGCUUUGAGGGUGAAAAGCUGGACCCCUCGAGCUCGUGGGUCACGCUUUGAGGGUGAAAAGCUGGACCCCUCGAGUUCGUUGUAGAGAGAGCAGGGAAAGAUGCCAAAGCCUAACCACUCUCUCUCAUCAUGAGGGAACAUGUGUAUACCUGCAAUUUUCUCUCUCUUCCCAGAUUUGAGUUUUGUUUUUUGUAUUUAUUUUUUUUGUCUUUUGCGCUCCAGCUGUACUUGGUGGCGUUCAUGAUGCAGGAAAGAGUCUUUGGCUAUUUUUUAUUUUAUUUUUUUUGGCGCCUUUACGGCAUUUUUUUAAUGUAAAUAUUAUUAUUUUUUGUUCUUUUUUGAGUUAAAUGACUUUGUUAUUGGUUUUGCUGCUUAAUAAAGAUGAGGAAAUUUUUCUUGGUC